GCCUGGGGCCGAGGCGGCGCUCGGCGCUCGGCGCUGACAGCUGAGGCGGCUCGCGGCCUCCCGCCCCCUCCGCGCUCGGCCCCGACCCCGGCUCGGACCGGCCCGGCCUGGAGCCAUGAGCCCCGGGCUGCUGCUGCUCGGCAGCGCCGUCCUGCUCGCCUUCGGCCUCUGCUGCACCUUCCUGCACCGCGCUCGCAGCCGCUACGAGCACAUCCCCGGGCCGCCGCGGCCCAGUUUCCUCCUAGGACACCUGCCCUACUUUUGGAAAAAGGAUGAGGUUUGUGGCCGCACACUCCAAGAUGUGUUUUUGGAUUGGGCUAAGAAGUACGGACCCGUCGUGCGGGUCAACGUCUUCCACAAAACUUCGGUCAUCGUCACGAGCCCCGAGUCGGUCAAGAAGUUCCUGAUGUCAACCAAGUACAACAAGGACUUCAAGAUGUACCGUGCCAUACAGACUGUGUUUGGAGAGAGGCUCUUUGGCCACGGCUUGGUGUCGGAAUGUGACUACGACCGUUGGCACAAGCAGCGGAGGGUCAUGGAUCUGGCCUUCAGCCGAAGCUCCCUGGUUAGCUUGAUGGAGACGUUCAACGAGAAGGCUGAGCAGCUGGUGGAGAUCCUGGAAGCCAAGGCGGAUGGGCAGACACCCGUGUCCAUGCAGGACAUGCUGACCUGCACCGCCAUGGACAUCCUGGCCAAGGCAGCUUUUGGGAUGGAGACCAGCAUGCUGCUGGAUGCCCAGAAACCACUGCCCCAGGCAGUGAGAGUGAUGUUAGAAGGGAUCACCGCCUCCCGCAGCACCCUGGCAAAGUUUCUACCAGGGAGGAGGAAGCAGCUGCGCGAGGUCCGCGAGAGCAUCCGCUUCCUGCGCCAGGUGGGCAAGGACUGGGUCCAGCGGCGCCGCGAGGCCCUGAAGAGGGGGGAGGCCGUCCCCGCGGACAUCCUCACGCAGAUCCUCAAAGCUGAGGAGGGGGCCCAGGACGAGGAGAUUCUGCUGGACAACUUUGUCACCUUCUUCAUUGCCGGCCACGAGACCUCAGCCAACCACCUGGCCUUCACGGUGAUGGAGCUGUCACGCCAGCCCGAGAUCGUGGCCAGGCUGCAGGCUGAGGUGGACGAGGUCAUCGGCUCCAAGCGGCGCCUCGACUGCGAGGACCUGGGGCGUCUGCAGUACCUCUCCCAGGUCCUCAAGGAGUCACUGCGGCUGUACCCCCCCGCAUGGGGCACUUUUCGCCGGCUGGAGGAGGAGACCCUGAUUGACGGGGUCAGGGUUCCUGGCAACACCCCGCUGCUGUUCAGCACCUACGUCAUGGGGCGGAUGGACACGUACUUUGAGGACCCGCUGACUUUCAACCCGGAUCGCUUCAGCCCUGGGGCACCCAAGCCUCGGUUCACCUACUUCCCCUUCUCCCUGGGGCCCCGCUCCUGCAUUGGCCAGCAGUUCGCUCAGAUGGAGGUGAAGGUGGUCAUGGCCAAGCUGCUGCAGAGGCUGGAGUUCCACCUGGUGCCCGGGCAGCGCUUCGGGCUGCAGGAGCAGGCCACGCUCAAGCCGCUGGACCCGGUGGUCUGCACCCUGCGGCCCCGCGGCCGGCCGCCCGUGCCCCCACCGCCACCCUGCUGAGGCCUGGCCUGACGGGGGGGACCCCUCGGCCCGGCCACCUGCCCCCUUCCUCCACCGCCUGCGUCGCCCCCGCCGCCUGCCCACUCUGCGCCCUUCCCCACACCCACCGCCACCCUGAACCUUUGCCCACACCACCCCCUCUGCUGAGAUACCCUAACUCUUGCUCACUCCCUCAAGCCCUCUUCAGGUGUCACCUCCUCCAGGAAGCCCCCACCCCUGUCGCCCCUGCCCGGGCCAGGGGCUCUUCGUCCGUGCUCCCUUGGUCACCCAGGCUACCUCUAAUGCCGCACUGACCACACUGUAUUGUGAGUGUCCAUUGACGUGACCGUCCACCCUGCAGGCUGUGACAGCCCGGAGGGCGUGGUCCCUGUGUGAUUCUUUUCUGAGUCCUCCGUGCCAGCCAGAGGCUGGGCACAGAGGCGAUGCUCAAUAAAUGUGUGUUGACUGCAUGAA